ACGUCAGCUUCCAUUUAGCAAAAUAUUUAAAUUUUUUAACGGCUAUUUUGUUUUGUUUACAUUGUGAGGACGGCGAAAACGACGUGCUGCGCACAGCAUGUUUCUCAGGAGGAGUGUCAGCACGAUUACGCAACGUCUUUAAGCUUCAGGAACCGUUUGACAAACAUCUUAUGUGUUUUUUGUCUUUGUUGUACGGCAAUUCUGCUUUUAACGUCUGUAGGGGCGUUGAAUAUUUGAAUCUAUUCUAACGACCGUUCAACGGCAUGUCCUGGUUUGCGAUGGACAAGUAAACAAGCGGUGUCUAUUAAAAACACACGGUCGACGAGUCGAACAAGAGCAACACUGAGGCCAUUGAUUUCCUUGGGAUGUUCCCGAUAAUGUCCCUCCAGAGAAUUCGAGGAUUGAGGGUGUUGAAGUUCCUUUGGUUGGAUAGUUGGAUUCAAAGGAACGUCCCUCCAUUGACACCACUCUGCACCAAAGCAAAUAAUGCCAAGAAGCCUGUCAGAUAUACAAGUAUAAAGAAAGCAAAACCAAAAACUAUAACUGAUAUUGCCAAAUUACUGCAGCAGAAGGCCAAGGAGACCAAAGAGAGGAAACAAUCCGUGAUCACUGCUUAUGCAUUGAAAGCUGCUACUAGUCCAACCAAACCAGCUACACCAAGUAAACUGAAUGACCAGAGUGAUGCCAAAGAAACUAUUUCCAAUGCAAAAGUUCAAACUUCUACCAGCACCCUUCCAGCAAAAGAUGCUGUUUACAGUUAUUCAGCACCUGACACUGCCAUAGUUGAUUCUGUGGAUUUUGCAUAUUCAAAAGAUGUUGACCAAAUAGCCACGGAAGGUCUGCAUAAGACGUACACUGAAAUUAUGAAUGCAAAAGAUGCAGCACUCCAAGCUGUUGAGUCAGCUGUAGAAUCGCCCACUGUUAAAGCUCCACAAGAAACUUUAACUAGAAAUAUCAGUCAAGUUUUUGAGCUGUCUUCAACAGACCCUUCAGAAUUCAUUCCAUCUUCUGUGGAUGUUGCUUCUGCCUCUGAAAAACAUACAGCAGAAACUGAUGAAACGGUUUACAUGCCUGAUGUUAUGGUGACUUCCAAAGUUAUAGCAACUCCUGAAGUUUCAUAUGCGCAUGAGAACCUUCAUCUACAGGAGACUUUUGAUGUUUCAGAAGUGCUUGCAGUGACCAAUGCAUCACAGCCUCAGUCCACUCAAACUCAAGGCUUUCUAGCUCCCACUUGGUCUUCAAAUGUCAAAACAGACAAACCAUCUUCUAGCCAGAAGAUCAUCACUCAGACAGUUGGGUCUUUUCCAGAUGGCACAGCUGACUCCAUACUAGAUAUUUCCAGUGCUGAAGCUGUGGCAGUUGCCGCUGGUGAAGUUCCAAUCCUUCAAGAAGUCUGUCAUGAAGAAGCCAUUCAAGUCUUUGACCCCAUGCCUGACAUCUCUUCACCUAAAUCAACUGAGGAUCUUCCUGUUGUUGAGACAACAUCUGCUUCUCUAAGUAAAUCUGUAGAUGCCCUGUCAGAAAUGUCUGGUGAUGCUCAAACAUCCAUCAGUCUGAAGGACCCGAUUCUAGCACAAACUGACAGUUUAGAGGAAGUGGAUCAGACAGAGGCAGCUGAAGAGGCACAACUGGAUCCAAUACAGAGACUCUUUCUGGACAAGAUAAGGGAAUACUACACAAAGAGCCAAGCCUCUGCUGGCCUUGUAGAUGCCAGACCAGAAUAUGAGAAAGCUUUUAGUGAAGAGCUAACCAAACUCCAGAGGCUCUACGGGGGUGGAGACUUAACCGAGUUCCCAGAAUUUAAGUUCUCCGAGCCUGUACUGGAUGAAAGCAGCACAAAAUGAAAAGCACACCAUGACUUCAUAGAAGUAAGUCUCAGGGGGCGAGCACUUUUCCCUAUACCGUAAUGUCUCCUCCCACAUCAUAAAUAUUCAUGAGCAAAGUUGCCUGCGUGCCGUUACGCUGUGACGACAUGGAAGAACUGCGGGUCCCGAUUGCUG